AUGCGUGAACUUCUCUGUGAUCACUGGCUUUGUCAGCAUAUCUAUAACAUUGUCUGCAGUGUUUCACUCGCUCGCACCCACCAAUCUUCCGAAAACCUCCCGAACCCCUCUCACAACUUCUCAUCUCUCGCCUUCUCCAUCCAACUCCUCCUCUCACACCCUCUCGCCUCCGUCUCGCCUGCCACCGCUGCCCUCGUUUCCGUGCAAGGGCAACUCACGUACGACUCCACCUCCUCCUCUGCGUUCGCUCGACAGCUAAAGUGGUUCAACAUUGGAGAGGGUUGUCUUGUAUUUGAAGGCCUCUUCGAGUUCUACCAGGCCUCCGCUGACGGCUCCAUCGGCGCAGCCGUGAAGAUCAACCGCGAAGAUGUCGACAUUGCCAUCAACUGGGCCGGCGGACUACGCCACGCCAUGAAGUGCGAGGCCUCUGACUUCUGCUACGUCAACGACAUUGUCGUCGACAUCCUUGAGCUCCUUAAGUACCACAGGCGUUGA